AUGGACUCCUCCGAUGUCUCUUCGCCUAGGUCCAACUCACGACCCUCACACAAGCUCUACCACAAGUUUGCUCCCUUCCGGAAGCGACAACUGAGGGAGGUGCGCUCAGAGGAGAACAUCACGGUAGCCGAAUCGUUGCCCAGCAUGAAUGAGGUAGUUGAUUCGGCACAUCCUUCGCCUCGCCCAAGUCUGUCCAACUCCAGCAUCAACCAGAAGUCUGCAAUAGGUGUGCCAGAGCCUACAUGGACUGUACAUCAUCAGCAGGGGUCAGGGGGCUAUGAGCACCUGACAGCAUUGCCAUUGAAAAUACACCCGCCCACCCUUCCUUUGCCACCUGUCCCGCAGUGCAUUUCACGCGCGAGUUUGAACAGGAACGCCAUCGCUUAUUUUCAGAAAUCCAAGUACUCGCAGGGCGCGGUCGAUCGAUCGACAGCCACAAACUCCAAUGCUGAAAGCGAUGACUUUUCGCUGAGACUUGGGGCACGGUCUGACGAUGAUAAAGAUCGACCACGAACGCCGGUCUCUCCAGCAGAUUUUCCAAUGCCUGUGUUCACCAAGCCGGCUACAUCAGAAAGUCCUACUGGAGGCCGUCAUGGAAACGGCGGUCGCCGGCCUUCUCAUCAGUCAGUAGAAACCUACCAAAUCGGAAGCCAAAAUAGGGGUCGCCAACCCUCGUAUCAGUCAACGGAAGGCAGCCAAGUCAGAACCCAGAACUCAGGAUUCUUGAAGACGCAUCCUUCCCCGACAUCCUUAGCCGUACAAGACUCCCGUCGAAGUGAGAGGUCGCCAGCGCAACCUCAGGUAGCAUCGCGGACUAGCUCCAAUCCUCCACGCAGUGAUACGUCUACAAGGGGUCCGAAGAAGAUAGGCCCCGAAGCGCUAGCACAGCUCCAAACCCCAUCAGCGGACAAGAGCGAUGUCCUCCAUACCAAACUCAUCCUAGCAGACGAUCCUGAAUCUUGGGAUGUGAUCAACCCUAACAUGCUGACGGCCGAAGAUUGGGACAGAGAUCUGUAUUCGCUCGAGAAGAGAGCCGAGCAGCUUUACAGUCCCGCUCACCUACAUAUCAUUCUUGAGGACCCAGAAUUCCACUUCCGUUUCUCAGCCUUUUUGCGGCAAUGUCGACCUUGGAGACUCCCCUUACUGGAAUUCUACUGGAGAACCCGCAAAGCCAUCAAAGCUCUGGAGUACGCCAACUCUCUGACCCAGAACUUAUCAGACAAGCCUCGACUGGAGACGAGUAGGGGCAUCAUCGAGCCGCCCGGGAAGGCGGCAAACAUUCGACUUCACGAAGCAGCGAACGCCGCUUUUGAGGAGUUGCUGGGAGAUGAUCUGCAUUGGUAUAUUGCCAACAUAUACAUCAAUAUCGUCGGCUCUGUUAUGCAAAGCCGCAUCACGGGGACUUUGCCCGUUGCUCUUCGCGAGUCUAGUCAGGGCCUUGCUGAGGUAUUCUGUAUCACGGAUCCUUCCAGGAAAGAUAAUCCAAUCAUCCUUGCAUCCCAGGCUUUCAUGCGUCAUUCAGGUCAUAAUCUGGAUUAUAUUUUGGGGAGAAACUGCAGAUUCAUGCAGGGUCCUGGAACGACUGUAGAUUCAUGCCGCCGAUUUGCCAUUGCGGUCAAAGAGAACCGGGACCACUCCGAAAUCUUUGUAAACUACCGACGAGAUGGCUCUCCCUUUUUGAGUCUAGUGAUGAACGCUUUACUCGUUGACAGUCAGGACAACCUUCGAUAUUACCUUGGAGCUCAAGUAGAUGUAUCCGGCCUCUUGAAGAGCUGCGCCGGACUACAAAGCUUGACCAAGCUCGUUGAACAGGAAAACAGCCAGAGCGACGGGAAAUCGCAUUCGGCUCUGAAAUCGCUCAGUGAGAUGCUCAGCGCAGACGAACUGGAAGUCAUCGCAAAGCAUGGAGGCUCGCUACAAAAAGGCGCCGAACAUGAACUUCAACAUCCCGCAGCUUCGAUGAGAUACGAUGAACUGCAGCGCGUUCUUAUCGCAGACGGGUCAGACGAGUCGGACCAGGGAGAGAGCUUUCCAUCCCAGGGAACCUCUCAACGGCAAGAAGUCUCCGAAACUAUUCCCACGCAACCCAUUCCUCAAGUAAUCAAUCUCUCAGGAGUCUACAAAUACUACCUGAUUGUGCGCCCUGCGCCCUCUCUCCGCAUUCUCUUCGCCUCGCCAACUCUUCGAUCGCCAGGAAUUCUUCAAUCCAAUUUCCUCAACCGUAUCGGUGGCUCUCGCAUGCGCAACGAUCUUGGCAGCGCUUUCCAGCAACCCGAAGUUGUGACUGCAAAAGUGCGGUGGUUGGAUCAGGUUAGCUCAGAUGGAGAGGGGAAUGCUUCGAUGAGGUGGAUUCAUUGUACUCCGUUGAUGCAUCAUUCGGGAGCGAUUGGUCUGUGGAUGAUUGUGAUGGUCAUGCCGGAGAAGAAGAAGGAAACUACUCCUGUUUGGUCUGAGAGAACCUCUAGUAGGGCUGUAAAUCGUUCAGAGGAGAGAACAGGGAGACGUGAAGUUAGGCCUGGACCUAGGUAUAUACCGCAGGUAUGA